AUGGCAAUACGCAAAACACAAGAAGAGAAUAAGGCACUUGAGGAGGAAACUCGCAAGAUGGAACAGCGUUUGCAAAUGUUAAAAAGUGUCUUGUACAAAGAUAUGCCCAAAGAUGUUGGAAACAAUUACGCCGAGCGCUUAUUGGUUCAUCGUUAUCGCAAAGACCCCCCAAUACGACCUCAGUUGACCAAGAAACCAGACGAGGCGAAUGCGACGAUUGCUCCCGAGAUAGAUGUGGUUGACGAGGAAGAGCCUCCGCGUACACCCAAACCAGAUGCAUUCGAGUGGCACCCGAAUGACCUCUAUGCUACACGGGCCAAUCCGACAGAUGAACUGACCACAAUCGAGCUGAUCAAACAACAUCUGAACCGGAUGACAAUGGAUCGUCAAUGA